GGUCCAAGAGGUUUACAAGGUGAAACUGGUUUUCCUGGACUUGAUGGAGAAAUGGUUUUAUCAUUAGGAGCGGACGUUCUUCCAGAAUAUAAGCUUCAGAAGCCUCAGGUCCACAAGUGGACCAUCCUCCACUACUCCCCUUUUAAAGCCUUCUGGGAUUGGAUAAUACUUCUUCUGGUCAUCUACACCGCGAUAUUCACUCCGUACGUCGCCGCCUUCUUGUUAAACGAAACCAAAACCAAGCGAAACAAGAAGUACGGCGACGACCCCAUCGUCAUCAUCGACCUUUUAGUUGACGUCAUGUUUAUCAUCGAUAUACUAAUCAACUUCCGGACCACCUACGUUAACACCAAUGAGGAGGUGGUCAGUCUUCCAGGUCGGAUCGCGGCGCAUUACCUUCGAGGCUGGUUCCUCAUUGACGUAGUGGCGGCCAUUCCGUUUGACCUGCUACUCUUCGGCUCCGAGACUGACGAG